AUGUCGUCACCACCACCAUAUCAAUCAUCACCUAAUCCCCUCAAACGACCCUCCAUCUCCUCCUCCACCUCACAGCCGCUUGGAAAGAAGCAGCGCAUGCACCCACUCCGCCAGACUUCAUUCCCGACCGGCAUCGAUGUUGGAGAUCGCAGUUUCGGGGGUACCAGUGAAGCCGGGAGCGUGACAGGGAGUUUCACAGGGAGCCUGGGCGGAGCAAGCGCAGAUGGAGUCUUCUCUGCUGCACGGGGAAAGAAACGAGGACGCAAGAGUAAAGCCGAGAAAGAGCGGGAACGGGAGCGUGAAGAUGCUCUCAGCGCUAGAGCGGGAGAUUCUACACGGUUCGGAUCAGUCGAUAACGAGGGUUCGGUUAGAGGUGGUCCUUCUGGCGGUGGAGGUGGUGGUGGAGGUGCUGAUGAUGCGGAUGACUAUGACGAGGACGAUGAGGCAGAGCUAUUUGGACAGCAAGAAGGAGCUACAGAUACAGAGGCUGAGAAGAAGAACCUAGCGAUUCUGGUUGAUGCUUUCAACCCCAUGCAAUCAGAGCGAUACGAUCUCUUCAAACGAGCGAAGCUGCGCAAAGAAACACUCCGCCGCAUCGUUAACCAUGCCCUCUCACAAUCCGUCCCAGCCAGCGUGGUGACGACUGUCAACGGUUUCACCAAGGUCUUCGCCGGUGAAGUCAUUGAAAUGGCGCGAACAGUUCAAGCCCAAUGGGCCGCAGCACACGACCUCGCUGCGCGCGAUGCGUUCGAGGCCGAAGAAGCCGCUGCCGAAGCCGCCGCCCAGGCGAAAGCAUCUGCAAACUCGAAACCCUCUACACCAACCCCCGCAGGCACACCAGUCCCUGGUUCGACUUCUGCCUCUUUCAGCAACGGAGUUAAGAAAGAACCACUUGACUCUAACCGUACGCCUACACCCUCUAUCCCAACUCCGACUCCUCUCCGCCCCAAGCGCGAGUUCCGUCCUCCACCAAACCCACACCGUGGCCAGCUUCUACCAUCACAUCUGCGUGAAGCAGUACGGCGGACAAAGCGUGAUGGCGAAGGUGGUGGAGUCGGUUACUCAGGAUUAAGUCUGGAGAACUUGGGAGUUCGAGGCUCAUUCACGUGGAACUCGGGAAGUGCAGGUGGGAGAAGGCUUUUCCGAUAA